CUUGGUAUAUUGAUUUUCGCCUAAGAUUUUACACUGAAACAUAUUCUAGAUUGUGUCUGAUGUCAUGGCUGUGUUGAUUUACUCUUGGGAUGACCAUGGAUUGCAAAUUUGCAGUAUUUUGGUUUAUUUGUAUUGGCUGAUUAUAUCUUUGUCUAUGCAUUUUUAAAAUGGUUGAUGCUGUCUAAAAUGCGUUAGUUGCCGAUGUUAUUGCAAUUGAUUCCCUGAAAUAUAUGAUCUCUAAGUGCUGUGGAUUCCAUGUAAUUAAAAUCCACCAUCAAGGAUUAAUCUCUUUCUCAUUGGAUUAGUGCUAAUUUUAACUUUGUGGUCAAUUGUUUGAAUAAUUUCUUUUUUGGAAUUCAAGUGAGUCUAAGUCGUUGGUUGGGUAGAGAUGAAAAAGUUGAGUAACUUAUAAGGAAGAAGACACAUAAAUCUAUUGUCUUAAGAUAAGAUUUUAAGAUGAACUGGUGGAAAGUCUCUUAUGUAGGUUUAACUCAUUUCGUUGUUAUUGUGUCUCUUUUGUGAAUCCUUCCUGGAAAAACCCAAUAGGCUCCUAUUUAGUGCUUGUUUGAAUUGUAUGGUUGCAUGAUGCAACAAUAGUUUUGAUCCUUGAUCUUAAGCAAGGUUUUAAUUUGUCAACAGUAUCACACCGUGACAUAGGGGUUCCACUGGUUGCAGACCAAAAUUGGUCUGUAAUGGCCUCGAUGUAAUUGCGACUGUGGUCUGUGUAAAGUGUGUAUCCAUCAGUUUUAAGUUAGUUAAUUAGUUGCCAGCCAUAGAGCUAAAAGAUUUCAGAUGAGUAGUACACAUGUAGCGAGGCCUGUAUAGGUCUAUAUAGUAUAUAUUUAUGUGUGUCAUCAUUAUGUAAGAUAUAUACAAAACCACCUUGUGCAACUACACUGAAACUCUUAUAGUGGAAAAUUAGAGAAGUGAACGGGGAGACUGUGAGUGUGAGCAACAAAGAAAAUGCUUGAUAUUCUUGGAAUUAUUUUCUGAAGAGUGAAAGAGAAAAGGCAACAUAAGCCAAGGAGAAAGGUUCUGUUGUAAGAAAACCAUGAUCUUGAUCACAAUAAUUCAAUUGAAACAUUGGCUUAAACAUGUAUAUCUGUCGGUAAUCUCCCUUUUACCAGUCUGUAUGUUGUUUUCUGGUUUCAUGACUUUUGGUUUGCGUUUCUGUGUUGUCUGGUUUUGCAAGAAGAAUCUUCGUAACUCAAUUUUCAGGACAGCUUUUGCAUAACUGUGACUGAAAUUGGACCACUACAAUUUAAAACCAUGAGUACAAGUAGUAGGAUAGUCGGAGGCAUGGCUAGUGUAAUUUCAUUUAGUUUUCGCUCGAAAGAUGCUUUACAAGCUGUAGAUGUUAGUAACUAAUCUGAAUUUGUUUUUGAAUGAUGUUAGCUAUGGAGGACGGAGUUAUUGACUUGUAUUCAAUCAAUAUACAAAUGAAGUUUGGGGCAUUGGAUGUCUGAUAAUAGUAUUUGAAGAAUUCAAAUGCAUAAGUUUUACAUUAAGUAAAGAAUAUAUAUAAAAAGAAAUUUUUUAAGAAAUUCUUGCAUUAAGUUUUUUUUAAAAAAAAAUAAUAUGAAAUCUCUUAUAUGGAUCGAUCCAUAAUUUAUUUAAUUCAAAUUUCUUUAAUUAUAUACCUGUGGGGAGAGUUUGCCGUGAGACAGUCCUCUGUUCCUUUAUUACUGACUAAAUUGUCUUUUCAAGAGAAGUAGAUCCUGUUAGGGAUCAGAAUAGAAAGUACGUAUAAAUUUCAUAUUAAAUUUCUAACAGGAAAAGUAAAAUAAUUUUCAUUAAUUAUUGAAAAUUCGACACGUGUUCUGAAGCUACAAUCUCAAUGUUGCUUGAAUCCGAUUGAUUUACUUGCAUUCUCUUUAUUGGGUUUGUAUACAAUCUUCUACUAAUUGUUAAAAUGGAUAAAGUCAAUAUGGACGAUAAUUUUGGAGAUAUUUGCCAUCUAUUCUUAUAGUUAAAGAUACCUUUAAUCGUGUACUUGAGGACAAAACUUGUAACAUGUUUUCCUUUCUUCUGUAAAAACAAGGAAUUUGACAAAGUCCAAAUGCAAUCUCAUUCUUGGAAGAAACAACGAGAAAGCCAAACGUGCAAAUUGACACUAUAUAUAAAAACUGCAAAGAUAAUAAGAUUAGCUGUUAUUAGUUUUGUUUGGUGACUUCUCAACGGGGAAUAUUACUUUUAGUUUAAGAACACCCACCAACUUAAUCAUAUUAGUUGCAUCUUCUAUUGACUCUUACAAACAUAUUUUCUAAACACUCAAGUAGCCAAUGAAGGAACAUGGUGCAACACUCUACUUCAAACACCUUAUAUAUACUCAUCAUUCUCACCAAUCUCUCCCACCCUUCUUUUCUUCAAACUUAAAGCAUUAACAAUGGAUCCUUCCUUUACUUCAAAAUCCCUUCUGCAUGUUGUUCUUAUCUUAGGCUUUCUUGGUACCACCAGAUUGCAUGCAAGUGACACUCCUCUGACACUGGAUUACUAUGCAUCAACUUGCCCCACUGUGUUUGAUAUUGUCAGGAAGGAAAUGGAAUGUGCAGUUCUUUCUGAUCCCCGCAAUGCAGCAAAGAUAGUCCGGCUACAUUUCCAUGACUGCUUUGUUCAGGGAUGCGAUGGAUCCAUUUUGCUUGAUGAUACAGUCACACUUAAAGGUGAGAAAAAGGCAGCUAACAACAUCAACUCUUUGAAAGGCUCGGCAAUCGUUGAUAGAAUAAAAAACAUGGUUGAAUCAGAGUGCCCUGCAGUUGUUUCUUGCGCUGAUAUUCUCACAAUUGCAGCCAGAGAUGCUGUGAUUCUGGUAGGGGGGCCAUACUGGGAUGUUCCUGUGGGAAGGAAAGAUUCUGUCACUGCAAAUUUUGAUCUUGCCAACACCAAUCUUCCCACACCAGAGGAGAGCCUUCUCUCUAUCAUUGCCAAGUUUCUUUACCAAGGUCUAUCUGUGACUGAUAUGGUAGCCCUUGCAGGAGCCCACACCAUUGGCAUGGCACAGUGUAAGAAUUUCAGGUCAAGAAUUUAUGGAAGCUUUGACUCAACAUUGAAAAAUCCAAUUUCUGAGAGUCACCGCAGCAACCUGAGAUCUGUUUGCCCACCUGUUGGGGGAGGAGACAACAACAUAACUGCAAUGGACUAUAUGACACCUAAUCUGUUUGAUAAUUCUUUCUACCAGUUACUGCUAAAUGGGGAGGGAGUUCUCAACUCAGACCAAGAAAUGUACUCAAGUUUGUUUGGUAUUGAAACUAGAGAGCUUGUGAAGAUGUAUGCAGCAGAUCCUCUGGCUUUCUUCCAACAGUUCUCAGAGUCAAUGGUGAAAAUGGGAAAUAUAACAAACUCGGAAAGCUUCAUCACUGGGGAAGUUAGGAAGAACUGCAGAUUUGUCAACACAUAGACUUCAUUUUUCUGUUUUAUAUGCCUUUUUGUUUGCUUCCACACACAAAGAACCACCAAAUUUAUGUGUUCCAGCUACAACAAAUUGAUAAUUCUAAACCAAGCUAGCAAUUAUAUAAUGAACAAAUUAAGUGAGAA